AUGUCCACAAAUCCCUUCCGUAAGAGUAGUUCAUUGAAAGGUCCUGGCGGAAGCAGCACUCCCACUCCCACCCUCAAUCUCACAUCGGAUCCUCGCGGCACCAGCCCUGGCGCUCUUUCUCUUGAUACCAGAGUGCACGGUGCAUCGCAGAAACAUGUGAACUUCGCUUCUCCUCCGGCCAUACCCAUAUCGCCGGUCUCAUAUCCCCCCUCGCCCGAGUCUACGCGACAGGAGUUUCUAUCCACGUUCCCCAGCCCGAAAUCUCCUUUCCCUGCGCCGACGGACUACAGCCAAGCCCUCGCGAGCGAUCCCUUUGCGGCCGAAGCUUCCGACGAGGACGAUAGUGCGAUCGAGGAGGCAUUGGAGAAUGCGAAGGCCAGCAAUGAGAUUACCGCGCCUGGCUCGAUCAUAACGAAAGCCUCGAGAGAAGAUGCAGUGAAAGAGACCCUAGGGCGAUUUGCGAGUGCUCCGAGGCGGCUAGUUGACCAUCAAUCAGCGGCCGCCGGUUCGAAAGACCUCAGCGGGUCCUCGAAAUCAAUCAUGGAUGUGGAUGCUUUCAAGAGGAUGCUGCUGACAGGAGAUCGUGGCUCUUCUUGGUCUCGCGAUACAGCGGUGCAGAGCACUCAGUCAGGCCCAAAUCCUGUAAGUGACAGUGGUUCCAGUGCGGACACGGCAUCAAUCUCACAGCACUCAAUAUUUGAGACUGUCCAACCUGCGCACGACGAAAGUCCCCGGACUUCAGAUGAGCUAGACGCCAGCGAGGUCAAUACCUAUCGAGCACACCUUGGGACCAUCUCAGAAAAAGGGGAGAAGCCCCCUCCGCCCAAGAGCAGGCGUGGAAAAACCCUCAAAGACUCCGGGACCGAGCCAGGUCCCACGGCCAAAUUCGACACCUUUAUCAACUCGCUGUCGUUGCCCAGCAGCCGAAACAUCAACUCCGAAGUGCCGAGUUUGAGGUCGCCUCCGAUUGACGAAAGUCCUGCCAGUGAUCGAUUCACGAGUGCUGGACCUCCCGACACGCCCAAGAAAGUGCCGCCAGCGCCUCCAGUAACCCGCCGGAAAAGCCAGCAAGCACCGAAGAAACCGGUCUUAGCACGAAGCAGUUCUUCUCGAUACUCGGUUUUCAGCGAGACCGAUGGACCUCCAAGUCCAUCCUUUCCCAGCUCUGGAUCAAAACCCCCUCCGCCACCCCCAGCGCGGCGGGCUAAUAGUACCGGCGACCGUCGCCCUUCGCUCGACGUCACCUCCAUUCCGGAGAACGCGAACCUGACAGAAACCGAAUUAAGGCCGGGCAUACACUCUACUCCAUCCUACUUGAAACGGAUGAGUCAGGGACUCCCGCCUCCCCUUCCGCCGCCUCGGCGAGGUAGAGGCUCUAGUCGAAGCAGCAUGGAGACUACGAGGCCGCCAAUGGCGCAUCUUGGCAUGGCCGAAGCAGGAGGGAGUGAUAUGGGAUUUCCCAAGAGUGACCCGAGAGAUAUUUUGGCGGACCUUGCAGCCUUGCAGCGCGAGGUGGACGCUGCUAGAGCAGGGGCAGGUCAGUGA